AUGAAGAGGUACAUUCCCAAGCAAGAGACAGUCGCUACCGAUCGCUCUCUAAACCUCAGCAGGCUCGACACUUUUGAGCAAGAACACAGCAUCGAUCAACCCGAUUUUACAAUAUACGAUUCUUUCAGUUUUUCUAAAAAAUCCGCUGCAAAGCGUUUCCAAGAGAGAAAACAAGUCCAAAUUCGAAGCCCGAAAAAGAACUAUCUUUUCAAAAACCCGACAAGUUUUGAAUACGAAAAACUUCUUGCAAUUUCUGAAAUUCGCUAUAUUCAGAUGUUUGAACAGCUAAAACGAGCUUUAAUCCGGAAUAAGAAAAUCAUGUGCAUGAAUAUCAUUUACGCAAUAAUGAAAUUCAAACCCCUUGUAUUUGCUGGAUACAGGAUGAUUUUACGUACCAAUUUAAGAAAAUGAAAAUGCAAUAUUGUUCUUAGAAAACAGAAACAAAGAAAGCCAAAUACAUUGAGAGAAAAAAUUUCAGGGUUUUUAAUUCAGUGGAGAAGAAUUCAUCGGAGGAAUUUAGUUUCAGCAUUUUUGAUCUUUAGGGAGAGAGGAAUCCAAAAUGCAAUGAUAAAAUCAAGAAGGACUUCAGAUAACCCUUUUAGUGUAAACAACACAAGGAGUCAGAUGACGCCAUCUCCAAAUUCAAGAGUUCAGAUGACCCCGUCUUCGAAUUCGAGCAAAUCUAUGAGAAUGACACCUUCUACUGUAAAAUCAUCUGCUAAACUAGAUGAAAGCACAAAAAAAGAAUUCAAAAAAGCUAUUAAAGGAAAAUUCAAAGAUGAAGAACAAGUCAUCAGUCGCCCUGGAGGGCUCAUGAGAUAUUUCAGGUAA